UGAUGGCUUCAUAAGACUGUAAAAUAUCAUCAUACACACAGAUACAGCAAUCUAAGACCUGUCAGUGGAAUCAAGUCAGAUAAAGAAAAUCAAACGUGGCAGACUUCUUCAGCCUGUCAGAGGGAAUUCGUGACCGGAUCUAAAAGUGACGCUCUCUUUCGUGGAGACCCUGAACGCAGCAGUAAAUAUGUGACGUGUGGGUGGAGCUGUGGGUUCAGACCUGCUGUACCAGCUCUGACUCUGUGAUCACUUACAAAGGAUGCCACCAGUGGAAGACCAUCACAUGGAGAAAAAUGCGUGGAGACGGAGCUGAAUGUUUUGGAUUUGUGUUGUUGUUGUUGUUGUUGUUCUGAUUAUUUUCAAAAAAUGAUUACAACAAUCUAAAUGACACUUUUACCUCCUCCACAAUUAAACCCUCAGUCGUUUUUUGAGGGAGAGUUUUUUUGUUUUUGUUUUCUUCUUUCUUCUUUUUAGCACCUACAGGCUCCUAAUCAUGCAUGCGUGCGUAUGUAGUUACACGGACUUUGCAUUUUUAGUUCUCGUUUUUCAAACGGCCCAUAAUUCGCCUGACCAGAGUCAGACUGUGACUGCGAGGACGCGCGCUUGACUGUGACACCGGCCACAAUGCUCCCCUCAGUGAACUUGCUCUAAAGUUCUCUUUAUGGCGUUUCAAAAUGCCAGACUCUAACUUGAGCAACAGGAGCGACCAUGGGAUCUACUUUGCUGAAGCUUCCAAUGGAUCCGUUCUGGACGAGGUGUUUCCAAACGACAGCGCCACGGCAUGCACGAACUUCACCAUGGACUCACAGGUUGUCGGGGUCGGGAUCAUUCUCUCCGUUUUCAUCUUGGUGGCGAUUGUUGGGAACAUUCUGGUCAUCCUGUCCGUGGUGUGCAACAGACAUUUGCAGACCGUCACAAACUUCUUCAUCGUCAACCUGGCCAUGGCGGACCUGCUGCUGAGCAUUAUCGUGCUGCCCUUCUCCGCCUCUCUGGAGGUGCUGGGAUGCUGGGUGUUUGGCAGGGUGUUCUGUAACAUCUGGGCUGCGGUGGAUGUGCUCUGCUGCACCGCGUCCAUCCUCAGCCUCUGCAUCAUCUCCAUCGACCGGUACAUAGGUGUUAAGCACUGCCUGAAAUACCCGAGCAUCAUGACGGAGAGGAAAGCGGUGGCUAUUCUGGUCCUGGUUUGGGUUCUGUCCACGGUGAUCUCUGUCGGGCCGCUGCUGGGAUGGAAAGAACCGCCGCCCGUGGAUGAGAGCAUCUGCAGCAUCACGCAGGAGCCGGGCUACGCGCUCUUCUCCUCUCUCUUCUCGUUCUACCUCCCGCUCAUGGUCAUCCUCAUCAUGUAUUUUCGGGUCUACGUGGUGGCCCGCAGGACUACCAAGAGUCUGGAAGCGGGCGUCAAGCGAGAGAGGGACAAGUCGAUGGAAGUGGUGCUCCGGAUCCACUGCCGCAGCGUGCUGGAGGACGCGCGCCCGGCCAGUUCCAAGAGCAGCAAGAACCACCCGUUCCGAAGUUCUCUGUCGGUGCGGCUGAUGAAGUUCUCCCGGGAGAAAAAGGCUGCGAAGACCCUCGCCAUCGUUGUGGGGAUGUUCAUCUUGUGCUGGCUGCCUUUUUUCUUCUUUCUGCCCAUUGGUUCUUUCUUCCCGGCUCUGAAGCCAUCCGAAACUGUCUUCAAGGUGAUCUUCUGGCUGGGCUACUUCAACAGCUGCAUCAACCCCAUGAUCUACCCCUGCUCCAGCAAAGAGUUCCAGCGCGCUUUCACUCGACUUCUCAGGUGUCAGUGUCACCAGAGACAGAGGGUCCUGCGCCGCUUUUAUGACCAAAAGUGGCGGACAGCUGUCAAGGGAAUGGCAAGGGAUCAGAGGGGAGACUAUAAGCCAGGCUAUGCUAUACACGAAUCCUGCGGCAGGUCUUUGUUACACAAGGGGAAAGGGCGCUCGCUAGGUUUCAAGAGAUGGAGUCUGUUCCCACCACUGCAGAAGUCUUCUUUCCAGCUGAAAGAGAAAGUGAACAAUUUGUCAAACAAAAUCAAGGGAGGGACAGGAAAAAGCACGACACCUGCAGUGGGCCGGAUUGAAAUAGUGGACACGGUCUCUAUGGGGAUUUACAACUGUGAGCAGAGCAGCUAUCAGUUCUAUGAUCUGGCAGACUGCUAUGGCCUGAAAGAGACUGACAUUUAGACGCCACUAGAGAAUCUUUUAUUUAUUUUCAAAGGGUCGUAUUUGACCAACAUGCAAGAAAGACUGUAUCUGAGAAUCAAAGCCUGAUUAAAGGUGUGGACUGAGAACGAUGGCUUGAUCCCAGCAAAAAAAGACUUUGUAUCAACCCCAUCAUCCCCGUCUUGUUUACUUAAGAUGAAACUGCUUGUGAAGCUGCCACAUUUUUGGAAAAGGACACAAAUGUAGCCAACUCCUCGGACUCACUGCUGUCUUUUGGAAAGCAUUGUGCAUUGACAUUUCACAGCCCUCAGUUGACAGAUGUACUUUUGGCAAGAUGUUUAACAUGAGCCUCAUUUGACAGUUCCACUUCUUUCUUUACAUUUUUAUAUCACACUGUCGCCUUUUUUCUUCUUCUUCUUCUUCUUUUUUUUUUUUUUACUAUUUCCCAGCUGACACUGUGCAAUGAUGACGACUCCCAAUGAAUGGUGACUGCGUUGAUAUUCGGUGGACUUUAAAUAGAAAACUUAGAAAACAAGGGAAACAGACUGAACCAAAUAUUUUGAAGCUCUAACAGAGCAAAUUUAGUCAUAAGUGCAAUUUUCAUUGUUGCCAGAAUGUACGAAUUACUUAAAUGAAAUGUUUCUUGAUGAAUUCUGAUGCUUUUUCUGUUUUGACAAGGCAUUGUAAAGACAAGAGGCCAGCAAAGAAUAAAGAUGUUGCACAGUCAAUAUUUAUUCCAAGUGUUGAAUUAUGAAUUAACAUGGCAUUGAUAUAUAAACAUAACAUUGAAAUGUACACUUGUUUGAUUGAAAACCUGUCAGUCUACUUGGCCAAGUGAGUGCUGAUGUGAAAUAAACGUGCUUUGUUUUUUUGUAUUUUUAGAUGUUAUGUUUGUUUAUGUAAGAUGAAAAGAUAAAUAAAAAAGGAAGGACUAUUUGAGUCAA